CUGGUUACUAUUGAUGUUCAUUUUGAGUUACUUCAUGUGUUUAAAUGUUACUUCUGCGAGCAAGUUUGAACAUGUUUUCCCGUCUGCAACUCAAAAAAUAAGAUUAAUUGAUAUGAAUUGGUCCUAAAGAUAUAAAUGGAAGAGUCAAACAUGGCGGAUAUAGAAAAAACUAUUGAAACAACAUAAUGCUUAAUAUGAAAUAAUUACAGAAUAAGGACAUAGAACGCAAAACAAAAAAGAAAUAAAGUAAAGAAGUUGGAGGAUAAGAACAAGUAAUAAAAGUACAGGAUAUCAAAGCAGUGAUGGAUGAAUGGGAGUGAGCAAAGCACAUGUGAAGUGCAGGUGUGGGUGCGUACGCACGUGGGAGCCUCUGGAUGUCGAGGCUGCAGCACUGGCAGUGUCAGUGGCAGUGAUGGCCCCUGCUCUGACGGAAGGCGGUCCUCAAAAGCCUGAAAACUUACUCCCUUCCCUUCCAGCUAGCGGAUUUCUUUCCCCAGAGCAGGCUACCGAAGUGUGUCAGAAUCGUGAAAUUCUGGCUAAAUUUGUUGUCUCAGCAAACGUUCAACCAUCAAAGAUUGAUGAACAGUGUUUACAUGGUAUAUCUAAGGAUCUCAUUCGUGAUGUCAUCAACUCGAAAUAUGCCAAUGAUCUUGAUAGUUUGUCUACAUUUACGCACGGAUCUGACUUGAUUGCAAAGAAAGCAUCAAUAAAGGAGGACUGUGAACAACCGGAUAUUCCGGGCAGUCCAGAAAAGAAGGCGACUGAUAUUAUAAUGAACGACCCAUCUAUGGGUGAUCAAGCGGACAAUAUGGGUUUCUUAAAAUCAAGUGCAGACUUGCCUUUGGUGGGCUCAGAAGCUGCAGGAGACAAUAAAACUCUGGAUGUGGAUCAAAUAAUGGCCUUUGGUACCGAUAUAACUACAGAUAAUGAGCAGUGUAAUAUGGGCAAUGUCAGUGAUAUUGGACAGAAUGUUGAAGAGAUUUUACAAGUUAUCAAGUCAAUUGAGGGAGUUGAAAAUGCAGAAAAUAUAUCUGCUGGCAGUAACGAACCAGUGCAAAGCACUGUGGAUGGAGUGGAAAUGUUCUCUAUGCCCGAGGAAGGAUUUUCAUCCUUUGAACGGGAUUUACUUAAUGAUGUUGAUGUUAUGAGUCUUUGCAAUAAUAUGAACAUUGCUGAUGUGGACCAACAGAAAAUUAACACCUUAAAACUGCAACAAGACAUUGUUGCACAAAAACAAUAUGAAAGUGAGAGGAGAUGUGCAUUUUUAUUAAGAAGACUGAGGAAGCUUCAAGCAAGGAUAGUAGGCAGGCACGUUGCAGAAGAAAAUACUGGAGUUCUUGAACUUGCUCAUCAUGGAGUGAAGAAAUAUCUUUUUCAAGAAUUGGUUAAUAUCAGUUCUAAGUCUAAUGUUAGAAACUUUCCUGAAAUUAGUAGUAGUUUGAGUUCAUUUUUGCAAAAGAUUGAGAAAAUGUGUGUUGCCCAGAGCAAUAGUGUGAACCGUCAGCGAUUAUGUUGCCGAUACUUUGGUGGUGGAUCGCGUGACAGUUUAAGUAGUACUUCUGGCAAUAAUAGUAAUCGUCAACCAGUGUUUGGUACUCCUCAAGUUAAAAUUAAAGGUGAUGAAGUGGAGAGUGUAGCUGGACCUUUAGCUACACAAUUACAUAUUGUGGAGUCUAAUCUUGAUUCUGAUUGUACUGCGUCUAGUAGUGGUGGAGAAAGCUGUGAUGAAAUGCAGUCAUUUAACAAUCCACAUCAACAACAUUUAUCAAUAUCAAAAAGAGCAGCAUGGAGGUAUGCUCAAGAUCGUGCAGGUGUAGCAGCUAGAUGGACAUGGUUACAAGCACAAAUAUCAGAUUUGGAAUAUAGAAUUAGACAGCAUAAUGAAUUGCAACGACAUGUUAGAGCUAACAAAGGCUUAGUAAUUCUUGAUAAUGCAGAAACAGUAAACGGGUAUAGUGGUGUUUUGCCAGGUUCUACAGGACGUUAUAAUUCGCCGGAAGGUGAAUUACCAGCCAGUAGGACACGGCCGUUUGCGUGGAGUUUUUAUAGGAAGAGAAAAUUGUUACAAAUAGACAGGUUACAUGAAUUUUCGAAACGGGCAGCAAAAGCAUCAACAGUAAGAUGCAACUGUGAUCAUGUAUUACCUCCAUGUGCUUUAUGUACUGGAAGAUUGGAUCCAAUGCAAAUGCAAGAACCAAUUGAACAGAUGUCUGUGCAAGAACGAGUUGCACUUGUUGAUCCUAGUUUUCAUCCUGUUUUGUCAUUUCCUGAUGAAGUUACGCAAGGAACUCAUCUUGAAGCUAUUAUGAAAUCAGUGGAAUGGCAACAAAAAAUGUUACGGGGAAAUUUGCGAAUUACACGCUUAAAAGAUAAAGAAACUAAUGAUAGAAGAAAUAAAAAACUUCCAGGGCAUAGAGCAAAGUAUGCAGCUCGAUUGAAAAAAUCAUCUUCAAGUAUUCUCACUGCAAGAAUCAAGAGAAAAAUGUUAAAAGGAAAAAGGAACAGACUCAGUCACGAUAGAAGUGUACAUGGUUUAAGCAGAAAGAGGGUACAGAAAUUAACAACUGAAGAUGAUGACGAUAUUAGUGCCCUUUCCAGCUCUAGUAAACAUUCAUCUCCAGUGCCUUCACCUCUUCACCAUACUACUGCUUCUACGGAGAAAAAUACAAUUAAAGAAAAAAGUUCUAUUUCUCAUGGGCGCCUGAGGCAAAAUUCAUAUGACAUUGAUAAUAUUGUUAUACCCUAUAGUGUAGCUGCUUCAACUAGGCUUGAAAAAUUACAGUAUAAAGAAAUAUUAACACCAAAGUGGAGGUUAUGUGAGGAACCUUUAAAAUUAGAUAUUAAAAAUGGUGUUAUGCACAGGCCUAGUCAAGACAGUGAUUUCGAAGAUAUGUCAGAUGAAACUAUUGCUUUGAGGCACGAACGAAGUGAACGAGAAGAAAAUAAACGUUUUAUGACAUACAUCACUCUGCCACAUCAGUCACGUAUGCGACACAAUCGCAGAACAGAUAGCCGAGCAGAUAGUGGUGCGAAUACACCAGACCCUAUGUCUCCUCAUGCAAGUGAUUUUGGUGGAGAUAUGAUGUCUCCUAUUACGUCACCUCCUGCAACUCCACAAGUUCAAGAUUCAGAACAUCAACAUAAUUCGGAUACACAUCGAUCAUCUGCUUUGCAAAAUGCUUUGCGACGUCGUACUACGCCUACUCUAAGAUUAGGGAAAGACGAUACUAGUACUUUAAUGAACGAGGACGAAAAUGAGAUUUUGCCGUAUGAACCGAGGGUAUUUCCAUUAUCCGAAGAAGUUUACGACAAAAUGCUGGAAGUAAUGCCAGACGGUCAUUGGCAAGCUUCGUCAGCGUCUCUAUGUUCUCGCGAAGAAGAAAAGGCAGAUGAUGAUGGGGAAAUGGAUUCUCCAGAAUCAGAUUCAACAGAAUCAGCUUGUUGUGACAUAGAAGGUGAGGAUCCCAAUGAUCCUGAAUGGACAGUAGCUGACGAUAGGGAUACUGAAAAGGAACGAAUACGUCCGACGGCUAAAAGAUAGGAAAAAAUCUUGAAUACGUACUGUAUGUCUACGUCGUCGUUACUAUAUGCAGAAGCUACCUGUCAAUUGUUAUAUAUACCUGUCGGUCAUGUAACAUGCACCUUAAGUUAAUGGUAUUACGAAUCUGUAAAGUGUAUUAUAAAUAUAAAUUUUAUAACUUCA